AUUCUCAAUUUCUGCUUGAAAGAGUUGAGCUUUUUAUCUGAGAUUGAGCUUUCUAAAUAUUGGUUUGGAGGCCUGUGGUAUCAUUAAUACAGGUAUUUACUUAAUAUUUUCAUUUAAAUCAAUUCACAGGUAACUCAUCUCCAUGAAGAUGAUUUGGGGGAUUUUUCUCUCUCUCUUGUCCUCUGGAAAUGCUUGCUUUUCAUCAUAGGAAAUUAGAAAGCUGCUUAUGCCACAGGAAGCGAUUUUUCUCAAGACCUGGUCUGGAGAAUAACCACUAGACGUCAUCUUGUUAUUUUUCAAUAUGAUUUGCGCACCGAAACUGGAAGAUUCAGUGAUCGUGGCCAGCAAUGAGCGGGGUGAGCUCACAGAGGAUGAGAGGAGUCGGAUUAUUGAGCAUCUGCAGAAGGGUACUGAAAUGAUGGUAUAUCAGCAGAGGGCUGAGAGAUUCACUGUCCAGGUCAUUAUGGAGACCAUGCAGGUGGCCUUGAUAGGCUCCAGAGACAGGAUAGUCAAAGUGUUGGACAUUUUUGAGCUGAAGGAGCUUCGUCAGUGGGAGACAUUCCAGGAUUUCCAGCGAUUUAACGAGAGCAGCACAUUUCGAAAAAUCUUUGGCCUGUCUGAAAAAGAGGUUCAGCAGGACAGCAAAACAUGUUUCACCAUCUUCUAUGGAUCUGAGUUUAUGUUAAAGUCACUGAGUCUAAACGCUGAUUCGGUGGAGGAUGCAGAAAAAUGGCUGACAGGACUGGAGUUACUCAGACAGGAGACACUGGCGGCUCACACACCAGAGAUUAUAGAGAGUUGGCUGAGGAAGAAGAUGUACAUUGAUAAUACAAAGAAAAAUAGCAUCACCCUGAAAGAACUUAAGUCUCUCUUGCCACAAAUGAACAUCACUGUACCAGAUGGACGUUUUCUGGAGGAAAGAUUUGUGGAGGUGGGAGCAAAAGAUUAUGUCCUGGAUUUUCAGCAGUUUCACAAAUUCUACGAUCUUUUAAUAUUUGAAAACCAGGAGGUGUUGCUAGAAGAGUUUGAAAAGGGGCCUGCAGCUUUCACAAUUAGUAAUACUAAUAGGCCUGAAUCUUCUGUACUUCCCCUCUCUGAUUUUCAAAACUUUCUUUUAUAUAGACAGAAGGAGACCUGGGCCAAAAAUCUUAAUAAGGUACAAGAGUUGAUGACCAUCUUCAUCAAUGACACCAUGAGGAAGACUGAUUAUCCAAAGUUUACCAUUGGAGAGUUCCUCAGCUUUCUCUUCUCCAAAGAAAACUCAAUUUGGGAUGAGAAGUUCUCAGAGAUUUGCCCACUGGACAUGAACAAUCCUCUGUCUCACUACUGGAUCAACUCUUCUCACAACACAUAUUUGACUGGAGAUCAGAUGCGCAGUGAGUCCUCAACAGAAGCUUAUGUGCGCUGCCUGAGGCUGGGCUGCCGCUGUAUUGAGUUGGACUGCUGGAAUGGUCGAGAUGAACCUGUCAUAUACCAUGGUGGGACCAUGACCUCCAAGAUAAAGUUUAAGGAUGCGGUGAAGGCUAUCAAUGAUCAUGCUUUCAUAACAUCUGAGUAUCCUGUAGUGCUGUCCAUAGAAGAACACUGUGAUACUACGCAACAGAAAGUGAUAGCUCAGAUGUUAAAAGAUGUUUUCCAGGACAAGCUCUUGACCAAGCCACUGGAUCCAGAAGCAAAACAUUUACCCUCACCAAACCAGCUGAAGGGCAAGAUUAUCAUUAAGCACCAAAAAAUAAGCGAGAGCGAUCACACCGAUAAGCAGGGAAACACGGCUGGGAAAAGUAAAUUAAACAGCUUCAAAAACGUCUUCAAGAAGAUAGGAAAACCUAAAGAAAACAUGGUAUUGGAGAAGGAAGGAGAGCUUUGCAUCUGGGAUCCAAUACAUAUGAGGUUUUACAAGCAUGACUGUGUUAUCUCAGAUAAUAAGCUGUACUAUUCUGAAGAGAAGGAGGAAGACAGUCCUAAGGAAGGUUCAGACCUGCACCUGUUUGAGCCCUGGUUUCAUGGACGGAUGGCUAAGGGCAGAAUAACCGCUAAAAGACUCCUGCAUGAUUUCUGCAAAGGGAGGAAUGGAAAAGAUGGAACCUUUCUGGUGCGAGAGAGUGACAAGUUCAUCCGAAACUACAGUAUCUCCAUUUGGACCAGAAGGAGGGUUCAGCACUACAGAAUUUUCUGGUCCUCAGAAAAUGGUCACGCAUCCUUCUUCUUGACAAGCAAGCAGUGCUUUCCAAGUAUGUGUGCCUUGAUUGAGCAUUAUAGACAAAAUUUGAUUGAGUAUGAUGGAUUAAACUUGCAUCUCAAGAAUUUCCUGCCUCGGCUCAAUUUUGUGUCUCACCACCAAUUGGGGUGGUUUUACAGUAACCUGAGUCAAGCCAAAGCAGAAGAGUAUCUUCUGAGGAUUCCUCGAGAUGGAGCGUUCCUCAUCAGACAGAGAGAGGAGCCUGACACCUUUGAACUCUCAGUCAGAGUUGAAGGGGUUAUUAAGCAUUAUCUGAUUUACCGAUACAACGGCAAGUAUGUACUGGCAGACAUCUACGAGUUUUUUAGGCUUGAAGACAUGGUCAGCUGUUUCCGUGAGCAGCUUUUCAUCGGCAAGAUAAAACUACGCUAUCCUGUAACACCACAAUUAGUGGAGCGCAUCUGUAUGGAGGAUCUUUUAACAUGUGAUGGUGAGCUGUACAGUGAGGUACAUAUGGUGGGGCAAGUCCCUGAAGACAAUCCCUUAGGUCACCAAUGUAAAGGUGUAGUGGAUAUCUCUAAGUGUAAUGUUGCACGCAAUGCCAAAUAUGGCAGACCUCUCGUGGUGACCCUGUUGAAUAAGGAGAAUGUGAAACUAAUUGAGUUCACGUGUGAGAUCUUGGAGCAGGUGGAGGAAUGGUACCAGGUGGUUCUCAACAUCAUCCAAAGUAUAAUAGAAAAAAUGGAGAACAAAACCAAAAUAGCUGUUGAGAUGUCAGACAUGGUGGUGUACUGCCAAUCUAUCAAAAAGACUUUGAAUACGACUUUUGAAAAUUACAACUGCAAAGAGGUUCGCUCCUUUAAGGAUGACGACUUUACAAAAAAGGGGAAUGAAGUAAAACCAGACUGCAUUCUGGAGUAUAACCGCAUAGCUCUCAGCCGUGUGUAUCCUAAGGGAUUCCGAGUUGAUUCGUCCAACUUUGACCCUUGUCCUUCAUGGAAAUUAGGCUGCCAAAUGGCGGCUCUCAACUUCCAAACUGCUGAUAAGUUCAUGUGGCUGAACAGUGCUCUCUUCAGUCUGAAUGGAGGCACAGGUUACGUGCUUAAACCAGAGUGGAUGCGAGAUCCGACCAAGAAGAAGCCUUCUAAACAAAAAAUCAGAAUCAGAGUGAUCGCAGCCAGGCAUCUGCCCAAUUCAGAACACAUCAUCAGUCCUUUUGUGAAGGUUGAGCUGUUGCCGUACACAGGAGCUCGAGUAGAUGACUACAGUUUCAAGACUACUUUCUUAAAUGAUAAUGGACUAAAUCCAGUGUGGCUGGGCCCUAGGAAUCCACCGAAAUGCUUUGAAGUAGACGAGCCAGACCUUGCCUUCCUGUGCUUUGAGGUUUCUGAGGGGGACGCAUUUUCUGAUCCUAAGGUUCUUGCACAGGCCACUUUUCCUGUCAGGGGUAUUCGCUCAGGGUAUCGGUCUGUCCCGCUGAAGAACGUGUUUAGUGAAAACCUGGAACUUGCAUCUCUUCUGGUGCAUGUAGAGCAUGUAGAGGUGUAAGGUGAACAGCAAGUCUUAACCACCAGGAACUAGAAGACCUGUUGAUGUGAAUAUGGACUUCUGCUUUGGAGGAUAUGUUCCAGAUUCUGGAUCAUUGCAGAAAUACAUUUUACCGCUGUGAUAAACUGAAUAAGAUCUAAAUUAACUGUAUAUAUUAGAGAUGCGCCGAUACCGAUAGUUUGGGGUUCUGCCUUUUAUACCUUCUUUUAAAUUAAUGAUAAUUUCAUUAUAAUUAAUAAUUGUUAUAUUUUGAAAGAAAUGCAAAUAAAAACUUUAUUCUCUCCAUUUCA